UUUAGGAAUUACGAGAUUAAUCCCAAACUUAAGCAAAAAUUUAAAUGCUUUUUUGAAUUUUGGAAGUAUUACAAGUGACGUAAUUAAACUUUAGUGACGGCAUUAAUUUGCAUAAAGUAAACGAUUCAAAGUUUAGGCUCUGUGAUGAGAAUUACCGUCAAAGAUGAUGCCCCUCAGAGGCAACUAAGAAGGUUGUCGGAGACCAAUGGAAAAUUUAUGGAAAACUGGAAUCCCGAAACCAGUAACAGGGAAGCCAGAAAAAUGAACAGGAAAAUAUACAAAGACAACGUCAGGUCGCUCAACCAUUAUGACGAGAAGGGCGUGCACGUCCAGAGCAAAAAGGACCUGUGUGAUUGUCUGGACGAAGAGUGCCCCGGUUGUCACUAUCCCUGUCCCAAGUGCGAAUCUCCAAAGUGCGGCCACGAGUGCCGGAAUGGCAGACGCUGGAUAUACGAAAAAGUGGAGAUUGAGGGAACCGACAUCACCACGAAAACUCCUCUAAAAACUGCUUGAGUUAUGUUCGAUUGCUCUUAAUCAUGAUUCCCUAAAUAAAUGCACAAUUUUUGUCAUUGUCAAACAUCUAAACCAAGUAAAAUGUAAACAAAAUUAUCAGGUUUGUAAUUUUUUCAUCAAACUUUAUUUUAAUUUGGAAGAGCCUGUGAAAGUUUUCUGUAUUCUAGUCAGAAAUGCAUUCUCUUGCAUAUCCACAUAGAAAAAAUUUGUUCCAUUCAUCUCAAUAUUCCUGUUUAUUUCCCAAUUAUACACAUAGAGGUACAAGUUGCUCAAAUUUGCAGCCUCAUUACAAGACAGAGAUACUAUCUCCAAAACCACAGUUUGAAUGAACAUUUCUGGCUGCUUAAGUGGCCCUCUUUGGGUCGUAAUCAUAAUGCUGUAAAUUUUAAAUAAUAGAGAAGAAAAAAUCAACACAUGAAAAAGCAUAUUAUAAAGAUUAUGGGCAAUUGCACAGUAGUAGUCCAAUAGGGUUGGCCAACUUUCACAAUCAUUACUUAUGUUUUGAAGUCUCUUCAAAACAGAUAUCUGUUCUUUUCCUUGUGGAGCAUGGCUCUCCUCGGAGAAUACGUUCAUAUUCAUCUUUUAUGUGGCAUCAUUCUUUUUGAAUUUUUGAUUUGAUCAGUGGCCUGCUGCUUCCCUUGUAUUUUCUAAAAUAUAAAAUAUGAAAAUAAUCAUGCAAUAUGUAUUUAACAUAAUAAU